UCAGAUUGGCUUGUUGUUGCAGAGAAAGAGGGAGUAGAGUGAGUGUGAUUGGUGGGAAUAUUAAGUAAAGCAUUCACUGACUCCGUAUCCAUGUUCAUGUCCAUGCUACUUCAACCUUCAUUCUCCUCAGCUUCAUUGUUCCAAUGGAUUUGGAUAGUUUAAAACCCUAAUUUUGACACAAGCUUUGCGUUUCCACUUUCAAUCGAUCAUCACUGGAAUUUCACAAAAGUUUGCAUUAAUGCGAACAUCCUAUAACCUUCUUCGCUAUCGCUUCCGGCGCUCUCACCAACACGUGUGUUGUUCAGUCUCCAUUGUGUUUGUGAAACCAAUAGCAGAGCACCAACAACCCUCAAUUUCACUUCCACUUUCCUCAAGACGCUUCCUUUUGUUUGGUUUCGAUGCUCGUCGCCACCUCCAUCAUAAUCAUCACCACUCCUUCCAUCGCAGUUUCUUUACAAGGGCUAAGCAAACAAAGAACAUUGAAUUCAACGAUCGCCACAGUCAGCGAGCUGUCACAACUGCAUUGUGGUGUAACUUUCUUGUUUUUUCUCUCAAAUUUGGAGUAUGGUUAGCUUCCUCUAGCCAUGUUAUGUUGGCUGAAGUUGUGCACUCUGUUGCUGAUUUUGCAAACCAGGCGCUUCUUGCUUAUGGUCUAACUAGCUCAAGACGUGCCCCAGAUGCUAUUCAUCCUUAUGGCUAUUCCAAGGAAAGAUUUGUUUGGUCUUUGAUAUCUGCUGUUGGAAUAUUUUGUCUUGGUUCUGGUGCUACAGUUGUUAAUGGAUUCCAACACUUGUGGACUGCACAGCCCCCUGAGAAUAUGCAGUAUGCAGGUUUGGUGAUAUGUGGUUCAUUCAUUAUUGAAGGUGCCUCUCUUCUUGUUGCCAUACAAGCUGUCAAGAAAGGUGCAGCCGCAGAGGGAAUGAAAUUGAAAGACUAUAUUUGGCGUGGCCAUGAUCCUACAUCUGUUGCAGUAAUGACAGAGGAUGGUGCUGCAGUAACUGGCCUUGUUAUUGCUGGGGCAUCAUUGGUUGCAGUGAAUAUUACUGGAAAUGCCAUUUAUGAUCCCAUAGGCUCAAUCAUAGUUGGCAACUUACUUGGAAUGGUAGCCAUAUUUCUUAUCCAGAGAAACCGACAUGCUUUGAUUGGUAGAGCUAUGGAUGACAAUGAUAUGCAGAAAGUACUUCAGUUUUUGAAAAAUGACCCGGUUGUAGAUGCUCUCUAUGAUUGCAAAAGCGAAGUUAUUGGGCCUGGAUUCUUCAGAUUUAAGGCAGAAAUAGAUUUUAAUGGAGAGAUGGUGGUGCAAAAUUAUCUUAAAAGGACUGGACGUGAAGAGUGGGCCGGACAGUUUCGCGAAGCUGCAAAGCAGAGGGAUGAUACUGCCCUGAUGAAGAUGAUGUCAAAUUAUGGUGAGGAAGUAGUUACAGCAUUAGGAAGUGAAGUGGAUAGGUUAGAGAAUGAGAUCCAGAAUCUUGUUCCUGGUAUUCGGCAUGUUGAUAUUGAGGCCCACAAUCCAACAGAGGCGACCUUGUCAACUUAAAAAAUUCAAUAAAUUCAGUAUCCUCAUCACAUUCAUUUAAGUUAUUAAAGCAUUUAUGAGAAUUUGAUUUGGCUUUUAUUCGUUAUCGUGAAUUCCUUUGGGUCUUCUUUCUGAAGGAAAUACGAAGUUUCGAGCCUCAAGUUGAGUAGACAGCCCUUGAUAGAUUAGUGUGCGACAGAUAUUCUUGUUUUCCUUUUUCCCUAAACCUGCAUGGGUCUGGUAAAAUGUCAGUGCAACCCAAGUGUGAGUAAAAGGCAUGUCACAUAUGCGAGAGAAACAAUGCUUCAAUGCUAAGCUCAAUUGUUAGAAGCUAUAACCUCUUUUUACGUGUUUGAGUUCCUGUCACUUACAGCAAGUACUGUAUAGUUCAUGGUAUAAAGU